CUCACCCCCAGUUCGGAAUACCAGAAUUAUCACAUGCUGAGGGUCAACAACAGGAGACAACAGUCACACAAGUGCCAUCCAGCAGAGCUUUGCAGAAGCAUUUGGGUGGUGACUGCUAGCAAUGGAAUGCUGGUUAAGAUUACCCUUUGGUCUCGUCUAGUAAUACAAUUCAUAGAGGGGUUUUUUCCCCAGUUAAAUACGUGGAAAGAUGUCAUUCUGUUCUCUAAGGAUGUUGUGAAUUUGGUUCAUGAUACUACUAAUCUUUGGAGUGUAGUGGAGUUCUUUGGAGGUUUUUAAACAGAGACUGGACAGCCAUUCUGUUGGGAGUGCUUUGAUGGUGUAUCCCUGCAUGGCAGGAGUUUGGACUGGAUGGCCCUUGUGUUCUCUUCCAACUCUAUGACUCUGUAAUUUUAAAAUCUGUUCCAGCACGGCCAAAAAGUUACUUCACUCUCUUCUUGUUACACAGGGCACUGGCAUCAAGGGAAGAACCCUAUCCCCAACAUGUAAUCGUUGCUUCUUUCUUUGACGAUCUCUGUUUAAGGCUCUUUCUUCUCAAUAACGUUCACAUCAGUUGCUGUUCUUUGACAGAUUCAAACCCCCUUAAGCAUGUUAGCUUUUGGAUUGGCCAGGAGUGAAGAGAGAUGCUUUUCAAUGGGGAAGAGCAUCAAAGAGACUCUGGUGUUGCUUUACAUGUCAUUUCAAAAAUGAAUUUUGCUAGGCAAUAUGGGAUGGGGAGAGAACUCUGGAAUUGCAAGAAGGGAAAGUGCCAAAUCCAAUCAAGAAGAGAAAAACGUAUCUUAUCUUGGGGCCAUCCCCUUCAGAUAUUCCUCAUCCUAUUUUGUUCAACAAAUUUUAUAGGAGGGGGAGGCACCUGUGCUGUGUAGUCCAUCUGGGUGGACAGGGAAAGCUGGCUCUGACUGGCAAAGAUGUGGGAUGGGUUCUCAAGACGGGGUUCUUGUUUCUGGGCAGGAAAAAUGGACAGUGGCAAGAGAUAUGAAGAGACUCUUGGGGCUUCAUCCUGCUUUCCCAAAAUGCUUUUGGAGUUCAUGCACACUUUAUUUAGACCAGGAGUGAGGGACCUUUGGUCUGAAAUUUCCAUUAGCUCCAAACAGUAUGGUAAGAGAUUGUGGAAAUUGUGGUUCUAAAACUCUGGAAAGCCAAAGAUUUCCCACUCCAGUUUAGACAGUGUUUAGUCAACUUACUAGGCAGUUCUUUCACUUCUUCUUACCAGUAUGUUUUCCUCUCAUUUUAGUUCCUUGGCCAUGGCUCAGAAGGAUCCCUGUCAGAAAUAUGCCUGUGAAAUCCAGAAAUGUUUGCAAGCAAACAACUAUAUGGAAUCUAAAUGUGAAGCUGCCAUCCAGGAGAUGAGAAGAUGUUGUGCCCGGUAUCCCAAGGGCAGAUCCAUCUCUUGCUCAGGGUUUGAGUUAAAGGUAAAAGAGAAUCAGAAGCAGGUACUGGCUCCUAACGGAUUUCACAUCCCACAGCCCUGAGGAAACACUAUCCGCUGAGGAGCACAGGCCUUUCCUGCAAACUAUGUAGCUACGCUAUACCUCAUCCAUACUGCUUGCAUCGGAGAGUGUUCCAUGACGCAAGCCAGCUCCUCUUCCAGACAUCCACAGCAAAAAAGCAAGAACUGUCUGCUAAGAGUAGAGCUGUUUAGCAGUUCUAUCAUUGAAAUGUGUUACUGCUAUAGCCUUAUUGUGGAGUAGAUUGGAGUAGAAUAAUUCGGUGUGUUAAUGUUCAGUGUCAUCAGAAUCUAUUGUCAAGAGCAGCAGUAUUCCACUACAAGGUGGAAUCCAAGCAGUCCUUUUUGGCUGGAAGUUUAAGUUUCAGACAUUCUUGUUGUUAGAUAUGUGAAAUUGCAGAACUUUUAAUUCCAGUAUAUCGGGACUUCCCAUCUGCUCUGAAGCUGCCCUCCUCCUCCUGCCUUCUUGCUGUGCAGUGAACGUUGGCACUAAAGCUGCCUUCUUUUUUCAGCUCAGCAAUAGUUAGGUUACCUGUGUGCCUCAGUUUCCUUGUCUGCAACCCGUUUAACCUUUGGACUAUCCAGUCUAUCCUUUGGAUUGUAGAUUUAGUAGCACUGAAAUCCAAUUGCACAAUACUGAUUUAUGUGAUCACCGUUGCAAUUUCAGGGAUAGUUAUAGUGUGGUGUAUGACCUCCCCUCUUUGUAAAGCAAUAGUCACUUUAUGGAAAGCCAGAGUGGUAAAAGGGAUAUUUUUAAAAUCUCCCAUUCUGCAACUUAUGUGAGCAAAGCACAAUUUCAAUGAAUGGAAUUGGAAUGUGGCUGUAGCAUCACUUUUCUCCCCCAGUUUAGACCCUGCUGAACACAAUCCAGGAGAUUUUGAGCCUCUUUUAGUACCCUUGUGUUCAAUCUAGAACCUCAUCAGUGUUGAGUAACUUCAAAACAAGUGCAAUGUUCUGUGUGCAUUGUCAGCAGGCAUCACCAAAGCCAGUGGAAUAAUACUGUGUUAAGUCUUUUUAAAUUCCAUGCUGCAAAAAAUAAAAAUAAAUUUGAAAAAUACAA